UUUUCCCUUCACCUUUUUCUUCCUUUCUCGAUACUGAAUUAUGCUUUUGCGUCAAAUUAUUUGCCUAACUUUUAGGUCCAUGCCGUUCUCAACUUAGUUUCAUUUGGUUUAUGGCUUUCAUUGCUGAUGAGAGUGAACCAAUCUCUGCAUAAAUUUUACGAUGGCCGUCCUUGCUAUUAGUAUCACAUGGUUGGUAAGCCUGUUACUGAGGCUUCCUUGCGUACAGAGAAGGAUUAGAUCGGCUGAAUUAUACUUGGAGCCCUUGUCUGUUUUUUCGAGCGUGGCUGAUUCGAACUAUUACUCGUAGUUUUUCUUGUCAUUGCCUGUGUGGCAACAUAAAGGUGAAGAAAGAAGAAACUUGGAUAAGAGAGCAAAUCUCAUGUUGAUCAUGUCCUGUUACCACUACACCCCUAUUGUUUUACAUGAAUCAGGGUUUCUGGAGACAGGUAGUCUUCAGAAACUAAUACAUGUCAAAGUUUGUUUCAUUCGGCAGAGCCUGGGAUGUAAGUGAUAGUGCAUAUAAAAUUUUACUUAGCUAUUAGUUAAGUGGGUAUGUGGUGUUGCAAGCUUUGGAUAUCGGUUGGCUUAUGUCAUUUGCAGCAACAAGUCAGGUGUUGUGUGUAUCAUUAUGGCCCUUCAUAGGUCAGGUCUUUAUCGUUUCGAUUAGAUUAAGUUAUCAUCUGCUUAUAUAUGCAUGUAAAACAAUUGUAGUUGAAUUGAGAUUUAGCUUAUACAGUGUCUUUGGUUGGAGAAACUGGUGCUUUAGGCUGUAAGAUUGCGAUUUUGAUUUUUUUUAAUUAUUUUAGCAUGCGGAUGGGGAUACUAUUUCUUCUGUGAUUUACUUUACAAUUUUAGCGUUAUGUCCAUCACUUAGUUAUUGUCUAUGUGGCACGACUUUUCAAUUAUGUACUAUAAAAUUCCCAUGUUGUUGUGCGAUAUAUCCAAGUGCUAUAUGCACUCCUUUUUCAUUUUGUUGUAUCUCUAGAUCUAAGGUGAUUGAGCUUGUAUAUUAUAGAAAGUUUGGACUCUCCUCUUCAUGGUUACUAGAGGACCUUCUGGUCUUUCUGGUGUGGCUAUUGGAUAGAAUGCCAUCACGGGAGCAGAAGGUUAUACGCUAGUUUGUGUGUUUCUUUUGUCCAUGAUGUCAAGUUGAUAACUACUCCUAUGCUAUGCCUUACUUCUGAGGAAAUUGAUUCUGAGGCAUAUUAUUCUUUCACAUAGUUGUGUUUCUGUAUCUGUUAACUUUGGUUCUGUAUGAAUUUGUGGCCAGCUGGCCUUUAGGUUUCUAUUCAUGGUUCUUAAGUUUGCCCUAUUUAAAUCUUUAUGCUCAUUCCAUUGGGCUGCUCCUUUUUUGUGAAACAGGGUUUCAGAAAGGUUGACCCUGAUCGUUGGGAAUUUGCAAAUGAAGGUUUCUUAAGGGGUCAGAGACACCUGCUAAAAACAAUUACCAGGCGAAAACCUGCGCAUGGACAUCAGCAUUCACAUGGACAGAACUCGUCUGUUGGUGCAUGUGUUGAAGUUGGGAAAUUUGGUCUAGAAGAAGAGGUUGAGAGGCUUAAAAGGGACAAAAACGUCCUCAUGCAGGAGCUCGUUAGAUUAAGACAACAGCAACAAAGCACUGACAACCAACUUCAAAAGAUGGUCCAACGUCUUCAGGGCAUGGAGCAGCGGCAGCAGCAAAUAAUGUCAUUCCUCGCAAAGGCAGUACAAAACCCUCAUUUUCUUGCUCAGUUUCUCCAGCAGCAGCAGCAGCAACAACAACAACAAAAUGAAGGUAAUAGAUGCAUUAGCGAAGCUAAUAAGAAACGGAGGUUGAAGCAAGAAGGGAUUGCCGAGGAUCAGAAUGUUGCUUCUCCUGAUGGACAGAUUGUGAAAUAUCAGCCUCCAAUGCACGAGCAAGCAAAAUCAAUGAUCAGACAGCUUAUGAAGAUGGAACCUUAUAAAAGUGGUGACAACACUUUCCUUCUCGGUAACGAUACUUCUUCACCAAGCCAUGUAUCGGGAGGUGUGACUCUUCAGGAGAUGCCACCGACCUCCUUGCCUCAUCCAUCAUCAGAUAUCGACAGGUUUCCAGAAUCGGAAGAACCAACCAAGGAUUCACCUGAUCUGACUCUGCCUGAAUUUUCGGAAAUGAUUCCAGAAGGCAUAGCCGAGGUCCCUGCAGAGACUUUCAUGGAGCCGUUUACAGGCUAUGCUCCUUUCGUGGACUCUGAUCUGUUGGCGAAUGGUUCUGUGCCAUUUGACAUUGAUGAUAUUCCUCCGGGUCCCGAGAUGGACCUGCUGGUCGAUUACUCGUCCCUCCUGGAAGAUUAUCUCGCGUCAAGUCCGGUGGCAGAUGAUAUGGAUUCAGCGUCAGGAGAUGUUAGAACUGGGAGCAAUGAGACGGAGACAGAGAAGAAGCAAAAUGGAUGGGACGAGGACAGAGCCAAACACAUGGACAAGCUGACUGAACAGAUGGGUCUUCUCUCCCCUGAAAUCAAGGACCUUCCAAGAUUCAGGCAAGAAGAACCCUGAUCCCUGGAUCCAAGUAACUUCAUCAAAUUCGCACUGAAGCAUAUUUUAUCAGAUGUAUUUUUAUUUAUUUAUAAAGUUUGUGAUAUGUUCUUUUAUGUGGGAUUGGUGUUGAGAAUCUUGAGAUUCUAAGUUUAAAAUCAAAGGCAAGAGAUGAGUCUGUGUCGCCACGUGUUCAAAUUGUUAAAAAAGAUAAGUCUAUUAUUAUGUUUUUUGUCUAUAAUCAAAUUGAGAGAGAGAUUGAUCA